UUAACACGAAAGUAGCCUCAGAAGCCAAGAUGAGAGAUUAUAUAAAUCCUUGAAAGAACUCCCCCCUUGAUGGUUCGAUUUCGAUCUUCUUUGAAACCACAAACUAGAGCUACUUUUAGUUGUAUUUCUUCUUUGAAACCACAAACUUACAUCCAAUUCUCUUUUCCUUCUUCUUUGAAACAAAAGUCUACAGAUACUUUGACUGCCAAUUAUCAUGGCAGAAACCGCCGUGAAGUAUGUACUGGAGAAGCUUACACCAUUCUUCUCAAACGAAGUACAGAUGAUGAACGGUGGCCGUGAAGAAAUUGUUUACGUGAGAACAGAGCUGGAGCGCAUGAAGGUGUUCUUGAGAACCGCCGACAGUUUAGAAGAAACUGAUGAAGAAGUCAAAAUUUGGGUGAAGCAAAUCAGAGAUGUAGCUCACGAUAUCGAAGAUGUUUUAGACGAGUUCACUCUCCUUCUUACUCACAAUCACGGCGAUGGUUUCUACGGCUUUCUUCACAAGCUUUCAUGUUGUGUCAAGAACAUGAAGGCUCGUUAUCGAAUAGCGUAUGAGAUCCAAGGCAUCAGAUCAAGAAUCAGAAGUAUUUACGUGGGACACCUCAGACUCCGUCAGAGAUUCCGAGCAGCUGACCAGGCUGGUUCGAGUUCGGCGAAUUGGAAUGACCGUCGAGGCGACGCCCUUCUUUUGGACGAGACUGACUUGGUUGGCAUUGACGGGCCUAAAGAGAAGGUGGCUGAGUUGCUAGUGGGCGGUGGCUUAGGCCGUGCAGUGGUUUCACUGGCUGGGAUGGGCGGAAUGGGAAAAACAACUCUGGCGAAACAAGUAUACGAGGAUAGACAAGUUAAGAAGCACUUCACUAUCCGAGCUUGGAUCACUGUUUCAAGAAGCUUCAAGAUGGAGGAGCUUCUUAAAGACAUGCUUCAGCAGCUCUUUCGGGCGAUCAGGAAGUCAGUUCCAAAGGACGUGGAGACGAUGAACAGUGAUGGGCUGAAGAAAAUAAUAAAAGAUUUUCUUCAGCAAAGGAGGUAUUUGAUUGUUCUUGAUGAUGUGUGGCAUAUAAAUGAUUGGGAUGCGGUGAAAUAUGCUUUGCCCACCAACAAUUGUGGCAGCCGACUGAUGCUUACUACGCGUAAAGUUGAUUUAGCCUUCACUUCCAGGAUAGAAUCCGAAGGUUGGGUCUAUAAUGUGCAGCCAUUGCCUCCUGAAGAAUCCUGGAUUCUUUUCUGCACCAAAACCUUUCAUGGAAAAGCUUGUCCUCCACACCUGGAAGAAAUUUGUAGGUGUAUUUUGAGGAAAUGUGAAGGGCUUCCUCUUGCGAUAGUGGCAAUUGGUGGGGUUUUGGCCGCGAAAGAUAGGCGGAGGAUUGAUGAAUGGGAAAUGGUUCAUCGGAGUCUUGGUGCUGAGAUUGAAGGCAAUGACAAACUGCAGAAUUUGAAGAAAGUGCUUUCACUCAGCUUAAAUGAUUUGCCAUGCCAUUUGAAAGCAGGAUUUCUUUACUUGAGCAUCUUUCCGGAGAAUCUUUCAAUCGAACCGAUGAGAUUGGUUCGGCUGUGGACAGCAGAAGGAUUUGUUGAAGCAAAAGAAGGGAAGACACAGGAAGAAGUUGCAGAGGAGUACCUCAGCGAGCUCUUGAAUAGAAGCCUGAUGCAGGUGGCUGAAACAACAAGCGAUGGAAGAGUCAAGGCCUGCAGAAUUCACGACUUUCUGAGGGAAAUCAUUAUACCAAAGUCCAGAGAGCACAACAUUGCAGCCAUAGCUAAAGAACACAUCAAUCAGAACGCACUAUGGCCAGAAAAAGUUCGACGAUUAACAAUUCACAAUACACUGCAAAAUGUUCAGCAGAACAGGUGUGUUAACGCUUCUCAAUUGCGUUCUCUGUUCAUGUUUGGGAUAGAAGAAAAGCCGUGCUUACACGCACUUUUUCCGAGUGGAUUUAAUCUUCUUGGCGUCCUGGACAUGCGAGAUACACCAAUCACAAAAUUUCCCAUUGAAAUUGUCAACUUGUAUUAUUUGAAGUACCUGAGCUUGAGAAACACCAAGGUGAAAACGAUUCCAAGACUCAUUGGCAAGCUGCAGAACCUGGAGACAUUGGAUCUUAAACAUGCCUAUGUCACAGAAUUGCCUGCUGAGAUUCUCAACCUCAAAAACCUUCGCCAUCUCAUGGUUUACCGAUAUGAAUACGAGUCUUAUACCAAUACUAAAUUCGGCUUCAAAGGUUUAGAGAAGAUUGGUGUCCUUCAAUCUUUGCAGAAAAUUUGUUUUAUCGAGGCAAAUCAUGUUGGCAUACUACAAGAGCUUGCCAAGUUAACUCAACUUAGAAGACUCGGAGUCCUAAAGUUGAGAAAACAAGAUGGGAACAUGUUGUGCUCGUCUAUCGAAAAUUUGACAAACCUUCGUGCAUUGUCAAUAGUUUCAACAGAGGAGAAUGAGAUUAUUGAUCUUCAGCACCUUUACCAUCCUCCUCAGCUCCUUCAAAGAAUCUAUUUGGGAGGUAGGUUGGAGAGUUUCCCUCAUUGGAUAUCUUAUGUUCACAGCCUGGUGAAAGUUUAUCUAAGAUUUUGUAGAUUGAAGGAAGAUCCUUUGGUGUUUCUACAAAACCUUCCGAACCUCAUCCAUCUCGAACUGCUUCAAGUAUACGAUGGGGACACGCUCUGCUUCAUGGCUGGUGGGUUCAAGAAACUGAAGCAACUAGGUCUGGACAAGUUUGACGAGCUAAGAUUCGUGGAAAUACAGAAGGGGGCGAUGUCAUGCAUUGAAAAGCUUAGCAUCCAGCGGUGUAAGUCGCUGGAGAAGGUGCCACUGGGAAUUGAGCAUCUGAAUGAAUUGAAACUGCUGGAAUUUUUUGACAUGCCGCAUAAACUGCUGAAGACGAUUUGCCCAGAUCAAGAAGGUGAGGACUAUUGGAGAGUCUCUCGCAUUCCUGAAGUGUACUCAACUUACUGGAGAGAUGGCGGAUGGGAAGUUUAUACCCUGGAGAGUUUUAGUGAAGGGGAAAAUGCCCCUAUACUUAACACAGUCUUCAAAAACUGGGAACUUCAGACUCGUUGGAAGUAGUUCAUACGAAGUCGUUUCCAACUGUAAAUAACGUGUAGAAACUGUAUGAUAUCAACUGCGUAGCUUCUGCAUAGAAUCUUUUAUCUUGUAAAUAAGAAGAAAAAAAAAAUAAGUGUACUUUGAAGAUUGUAACUCACAAAUUACAAUCUUCAAAGCCCAAUAAAACGACAAUACCAGA